GUCAAGUCAAGCUUCGAAGCGAAGCGAUAUUUUUGAGAAAACGAGAAAAAUUGUUUGUUUCUUAAAUAAUUUGAACACAAAAACGUUAAACAUGGCUGGCCCGAUGGAAAGAAUUACGGUUCUCGACGAUAUUGAAAAAGAAAUUAUUACAUGUUUACAGUGUGCAGCACAAGCUCUUCUCGAACUAGGCAAAGAGAAAUCUAGCCAAAAGCAGGCAGAGUCCAACACAUCUCAAUUUCUGAGGACCCUAAGCCAGGUUGAGAGCAAGUUGAGUGAUCAGAUCAACUAUUUGACGCAAGUGUCCACCGGUCAGCCGCACGAGGGCUCGGGCUACGCGUCACAGAAAGUACUACAGAUGGCGUGGCACCGCCUGGAGCAUGUGCGCUCCUGGGUCAAUGAACUGGACCGCCUGAAGGCUUCACAUUUAGCGGCUAGCACUAGGAGUGUAACUAGCAACGUCCCUAAUGGAAAUAUGACUAACUCUGGAACAAGCACAUGAUUACAGUGUUACAACAUUUUUCAGUAAAUCAUCCAUCUGUACCUAGAAUCCUGGAGAAUAAUACAUGAUACAAUGGAUUGAUACAUUGUCAGUGAAAGGACUAUGUAGCAUAAAAUAUAGUAAAUUGAACAUUGACUUGUGUAAACACUAAUCAUAUUUAUAGUAGUAUAGCAACAGAGGUUGGAAAGCAUACUGUGGUAUUUAACAUGUUCAGUUGAGCAAUAAUGUUUAAAGAUGUCUCAUAUGUGCUUAACAACAACUUAAUUGAUUAAUAACUUAAUUGAUGUUACUGGUAAAAACAAUAAAAUUAUAUUGCGGUAGACCUGUUUGUGUAAAUAUGUUACAGUAUGCUACAUUUUCUAUACAUACUUUAUUUUUUUACACAACUGCCCAAAAAAGGAGUCUAUUAGCAUUAGAAAAAAGGUAACAAACAAUCUUGAUGUGUCUUUUAUUGGAUUUUUGCAAAACAAGUCACUGCAAAUAUGUAACAAUUAUAAUGCCUAUAUUAUCAAUGAUCAUUUACAUUAUUUUGGUUUUAUAAGCAGCAAUCGGACAAAUCAUCGCAAAACCAUCAAAAAUCAUUUAUAUCUCAAAAUAGGACAAGAUUUAUUAAACUCAUAUUAUGUACACAGUAUCUUUAUAAAAUUUCCAGAUUAUACUCAAAAACUGCAGUUCAAAAUUGUUAAAAAAAUUGUAUCAUGUUCCAUACAAUAUUUAUUCUUGCGAUAAAUUGUCUGAACUCUAUUUAUAAGUAAUAGUUAAAAAAAAAAUAGUUUUUCAAUAAUAAAAAAACGAAGAAUAGUAUUCAAUGUAAUAAGGACCUAUUUUGUGUACAGGAAAAUCUUUUAAUUAAUUAUCUAAAUGGGCCUGUGCCUUUCACACACCAAGUUUUGUCAUCAUUAUAAUAAGAUCAUUAUUAUUUCACUAUAGCGGCUGCAUUUCCUCUACCUUGGAAUAGCUUCGCAAUCCAAGAUAUAAUGCAGUCAGUUCAGCCCAACUAUCUCCAUUUUCAAGAUAUCUCACUUGAUAUGAGAGAUCAAGAUUUAUUUAGGCCUAGUUUUUGUAUUGUAUGUGUACCAUUAUGUAUGUUACUCUGUAAUAAAAGUAAUAAAUUACGACUAAUAAUGGUAUGAAUAGCAAAAAUAUAUAAGACUUAGUAGUGGAGUAGAAAUGAUUUGUAGCUUCAUUUUAUAAAUGGCUUGCAACCUGUAAUUGCUGUAGGUAUGUCUCUUUCUAACAAAUUUGUUAGAUGGAGAGGUAAACAAGAGUAUGUUACAGGUGACAGCCAAGGGGCUGUGUGUUUUAUAAGGAUAAAACGGCACCCUGUUGUUUUUUAUGUAUUUUGAUGUUACUGAGUGUUCCAUACUUUUGUUGUUGGUGUUGCAUGGACUUGCUGUGUGAGAAACUUGUUAAGCAAUUGCACCUAUCAUCAAUAUUAUAAUGUUGUCCCAGUCACACAAUGUUAUGUAACCGCCAUUGUGGAAGCACCAGUUAGACAGAA